ACCUACCGGAAAAUCCAAUUGCGCCGCGGACAGACGCGUUAUACCCAAGACAAUACAGUCCACAGUACUUCGAUUGAAUAGCUAGAGUGUGCUCUUCUUUAGGUCUGUUUUCUUCACUAGGAUCUGAGUCGUCGAAGCUCGUCGGUAAAUUUCAAAGGGUCAGAAUACUCGUCGAGAGACUGGGAAUCGUCGAGUCGGUUAAGGUGGCCUUGAACUCUGUAUCUAUCCGUAGUAAUUAGCGCCCAAUUCUUUAUGUGGUAUGGAUAGGGCAAAUUCCGGACUUGUAUCCCCUUAACGACAUCAGAUAAUAGAACAUUUCCCGCACGAGAAUCAUGGAAUUCACAAGAGUGGAUCAAAUACUCCUAAGAGUUUAUCACGACGCAGAGGCCGGAUCUUCGAUGGCCCAAUACAAGCCAUCCGGAUCCAAAUCCGACGUAAGUUGAUGAGAAUGGUAUCCAGAUGGCAGGAAAUCUCGCAGGAAUAGACUGCCGUAUGUGGUUACUUUAAAGUUCCUAAAUUCUCUUUUCCAUUUCUACAAUUCUGUCAACUAUCUUGUAGCGUUGUAAGCACUUAUUUGCAAGAGGAUCUCCACAGAUCUUCCCACCAUGGUAUAUUCCACCCCCAUAGGGUCUGAUGAGUCCGAGCUUCAAGCAUAUACUGCCGGUACUCGAACGGACUUAUGAAAUCGCACUACGCUCAAUAAUAUUGAGAGCCUCAACACUGUUGGUGGCAGUGGAAGCUUACAAAACUUUAAUGUAGCUAACUUCGGAAGCUGUUGCGAACAAUGGAGCUCCAGCGGAAUUUCCCUCAAUCUUAACAACCUUCUCUCAUUCUUUUUGGACCCGAGGAUAUUAGCAGCACGGGAGCAAAGUAUUUGGAGGUGAAAUUUCACAAGACGCUCUUCAAACUGACACCUCUCAUCGAUCAACCACCGACCAGAGGCAUACACGAAGAGUCCACUAGGGUCUUCAAUUCUCAGGUCUACCAGUCCGUGACAAAAUUAAAAGAAUCAAGUAGUCACUAUACAAACUGGCACUUCCAGAGUUCGUGAAGCCCCAGGAACCACUGAUCAAUCUGUUGUUAAUGGGAAGACGAGAUAAUAAACGAAAACUCGGUAACUUUCAUUUUAUUUAAGUAUUAAAUGCAGAUCAAGCAAGCCCUGAGAACGUGCUGCCUGCCCUGACACUACUAAUUGAAGUUGGCAAUCUGUAUAAAGUUAGAGUGAGCAAUUUUUGAGGCUCAAAAAUAGUGGAUGGAGUACCAGAUGUAACUAAGUAUCCUAGUAAACACAAGCUAACAGGAACAAUUAAGGAAGAAAGUAAAGGAGACAUUUUGACCUGCUCGCCGACACCAAUCCGAAAGUUUCUGACGCCAAAGAUAUCGGAGCGGAUAGUGAGUUGUCAAGUUAUCCAUUUUAUGUUCUAUAUCAUUAUAGAUCAUCAUCCCUAGAUAAGAUUGAUAAGAUCUUCUUGUUGCACAUGGUCUAGUAAGGUUUGAAAGUUUAUUACAUAACAGUUAUCAGGCGACUGUAUUAGGUAAUAUCAGUUAGUUACGCUAGUGCUUUAAUAAUUGAAACUCUAAAAGUUCCACUCUCCAUGGAUGCGGGAGACUCCGUAGAAAUAAAAGCGUUCCGGAAACCUCCCCCCCUUUAUUUCGGUCUGCGAUAUUCCUCAGGAACAGACGAAGAAAAGGGCCAUAAGGGAGAGACGACGUUUGUAUUCUAUCUAAAUUUGUCUCAGAGCAAUACUCGGUACAAUUCACAAUGGCAUCUCAGGAUACACCAAUGUCGGCUGCGCAUCUGCCACUAGAAGCAGCCAGCAUUGCUAGUAGCUCGCCGACCCAACAGAUCGCUGUCUUGGAUAUUCUUUUUGAACCAUCCCAGAAUCUUCAUGACCUAGCUCUUCCCCUGCUCCAGACACCCUUUAAUUCAUAUAGGGAGCUUAUCAAUCGCGUACGGGCUGAACUCCACCAACUAGCCGAGAGAGCAGCCACGAACGAGACCGACAAGAAAAUCCUGUAUGAUAUCCUAGGCUCCCAUCCCCGCCUUGGUGCCCCAAAAAGCUCCCAUUUGAGCGAAUUUAGCAGACGGGAACAAGCAAAACUUGCUACCGCUACCGCUGCUGCUACUUCCCCAGGACAAGGGGCCGAAGAUGAAGCUGAUCGGUUAAGGAAAUUGAACGAGGAAUAUGAAAGGACCUUUCCAGGUUUACGAUAUGUGUGAGCAUGUCUUAUAUCAAUCAUACACUUUCAUCUCUCUCAUAUAUGCAUGCAUGUGAGCGUUAAUUUUAAUUUUGUUGUGCAGAGUGUUUGUCUGUGGACGAGGGAGGGAUGUUAUCAUGGAAGACAUGCGUCGUCGCAUUGAUGCCGCCGAUGUCUCGUCUGAAAUUGAUACUACUAUCAUGGUGAGUUCAUUCUCACGUCCCGGAUUCCGUUGAUCUUCAAUUUCCUUCCUAUUUUCGAGCAAAGUAACAUAACGUCUACCGUCGUUCUAGGCUAUGUGUGAUAUUGCCAAUGAUAGAGCUUCUAAGUCAGGGGUACACUGACGGCAAGCUUAAAGUUGGAUUGUGCUACAGGCAGUAGGCACUGCUAAAUAAGGACAUACCAGCCCUUCAUAUAAAUAAACGAUAACACUCCCUCUACCCUUCCCUUCCAUCCUCUUUUUUUCGUCUCUACCACUUCGAGUUGGAUUCUCAAGAUUCGAAAUAUGGGCAAUGUCAUCGAUCGCGUGGAAAUCUAUACUAAAUUUAGAAACAUACACUUGAUUCAGCAAAUAUUACAAGCAUGUCUUUAAUGCCAGCAGGAACCAAUAAGAGCGCUAGAUCUUAAAGUUCUGUAUGUAUUGGAAUUGUAUCAGAAUUACUGGAUUAAUAUUCUUCCACAGUUAUCUAAUCUGAUUAGAUUGCCGGCCCGAAUGUUACUCCGACGGCGGGUAUUUCCCUUCUUGGAAAGAGGUAUUUACUUUUUGCCCGGAUUAUUGAAUACCUAGGUAUUCUUUUCAAGGAUGCCGGACGAACUCGCGAAAUAUCUCCCAUUCUUCACAGUUUCCCUAACCCUCUGUAUACAAUGAGCGGGUGAUGGUCGAAGGCCCGGUAUGGAUCACAUGAAUUUCUUCUUCUUUGUGACGUGGUCUUGUCUUCUUGAGCGCUGUUGAAUAAUGGCGGAUACUUCGG